AAAUAUAUCUCUGUUUCUUCAUCCAGCUGCCUUUACUUAGUUCUUAGCUGCAUAGAGCACUGCUCCUGCUGUUAUCAUGGACUUCAAGUGUGCGGUCAUCAUUUGUAUUCUGCUUUCUGCCAUCCUUGUACAAGGACAACAAAGACAACGAGGAGAGCGAUGCUCAUGUAAAAAAAUUGCAAAGAAGCUUGAUGUAAACAAAACAGUGAAGUUAGAGAUUUUUCCACCAAGUCCCAAAUGUGCAAGUGAAGAAUAUAUCGCUACUGUUAAACGCAAAGGCACUAAGAAAUCUGGCUCAAAAACAGAAACAAAAUGUGUCAGUCCUACCAUGAAACAAGUAAAAGCUAUUCUUGCUGGAAAGAUUAAGAACAGGAAUAAAAUACAAGUGAUCAAGUAUCCAUCACAAGAACAGUGAAGAAGAAAAUACAUCUUUAGUACCCCCUAUGACAAUCAUUACAUAUCAACAUGCAUAGCUUUAUUGCAGCGUAGCAAUCAUGUGGAAAGCAGUAUAAUACAAGGGUAUAAGGAACUAACAAAUUUAUCUUGUGAUGCAGCUUUGACUUUUUUUUGUUACUAAUGAAGGAUGACAUAGAACAUUUCUAUAGAACUUAAAUUAGUUACUGCCAAUGAUUUGUUAAAUAACAGAAUUGUAUUUUAUCAAUAUGUGCUGUAUAUUGAUUAAGUAAUUACUGCCCUACGCAAAUGGUCCACGGCACAGCAAUAGCUGGCAUUACAUUUUUAACAUAUUAAAGUAAAUCUCUUGCACAUUUUAUGUGCUGAAUGGACCAUGUAAACCCGAACGAUUUUCUAAGCACCCGCUGCUUAGAAGUGAUCUUAGCAAAAGUCAUCUCUUUACCACUGGAAGUACUCAUGUUUACGGUACAUUCUACAACUUCAAGAGCGCAUGACUUGGAUCUGCAAUGAACACUGACAUAUAGCAGAUUUGUACAAAAUGUUUUUUAUGCCUGUAUAUACUGUAUAUAUAAAAUAUAUAUGUAAAUAUUGUGACAUUUGUAAAUAUUGUUUGAUGAGAAUAUAAUAUAUGCCAUAUUGUAAAGAAUAUUUUGCUGUAUAUAUUUUGUUAAAUGUACAGGUUUUGUAAAAAAUAAAAAUCCCUUUCACAAAGGAAA